AUGGGUCCCCUCAUUCUAAUCCCACUGGUAGGCCUGUUUGCGACUUGUUUGCGGUUCUGUAGAGCCAUAGCCUCGCGAAUACGCAAGCGCCGGGCUCUGCGCGACAUUCGCGGUCCGCCGAGCGCAUCCUUUCUUACAGGGCAUUUGAAGCAGAUCAUCGACCCAUCGGGAUUGAACUUCUUUGACGAACUUCUCCUUUGCUAUGGUAGUGUUGCGAGGCUAAGCGGGCUGUGCGGCGACGCGUUGCUUUGCAUUUCCGACCCAGUGGCUCUCACGCACAUACUCGUCAACGAUUCAGACACCUUUCCUGAGGUUGACCUGACAGGCACCACACACGUCAACAUGUUCAUGCUUGGCCCGGGCUUAUUGACUACCAACGGCUCACAACAUCGGAGGCAGCGCAAAGUGCUCAACCCUGCGUUCUCCGGCACGAAGAUACGGCACAUCUCACCACUUGUGCAAGAGGUAGUUAAGCAGUUCAGGAGUUCAUUGAUCACUCGGAUCGAGCUGUCGGGUGGGGAUAUCAUUGACGUUGCACCAAGUCUGGGUCAUCUAGCACUGGAAGUCGUAGGACAAGCCCACUUUGGCUGCUCUUUCUUCGGUGGCUCUUUAGAUGCGCUGAAGGGCGACUCAGAGGGCUCGGAGUAUGUUAGCGCGGCCAAGGAGCUGGUCCCAGCGCUGACGGCUCUCGGGCCGCUGUUGGCAGUAUUUGUCGCCAUUGGGUUGGCAGAUCUGCCCCCACCUGUACUCCGGGCUGCAGGCGAUGGCGUUUCGUACAUCUUUCCGACUUUACGACGCUUCAUGGCGAUUGUGGACACAUUGUACAGGACGUCGAGGGACCUUUGGGAAUCCAAGAAGGCCGAAUUGAUUGGUGGGAAUAUGAUGUUGCGGGAAGCGGUCGAGCAUUCCGACGACUUGCUGGGCGUAUUAUUGGGAGAGGGCGCGACGAGUAGGAUGGGUCCUGGUCUACCCGAAGAGGAACUGUUGUCUCAGUUGAAUACUCUCGUGCUAGCCGGCGUUGAGACCACAUCUAACGCGUUAUGUCGCAUCCUCCACCUACUCGCUCUCAAUCAGGAUAUACAGGGGCGCCUGCGUGCUGAAAUUGUGCAAGCGGGACAAGACGUCGACUAUGAUGCCCUGACCGCUCUGCCCCUUCUCGAUGCAGUGUGCAGGGAAACAUUGCGACUUUAUGCGCCAUUACCAUACCGAAAUCGCAUAGCGGCGGAAGAAACGGCGAUCCCUCUUUCGAGUGGGGAGACACUACACGUACCCGCGGGUACGGAGGUCCUGGUCAAUUGCCAUGGCUUAAACACGGAUCCAGCAGUGUGGGGGACUGACGCGCAGGAGUGGCAGCCUGAGCGCUGGUUCAAACCGUUGCCGAAGGUAGAGAUACCAGGCGUGUAUGCGCACUCGAUGUCCUUCCUCGGCGGUCCGAAGGCGUGUCUCGGGUUCUCUUUCGCCAUCCUCGAGAUGAAGACUACUCUAGCGAUGUUGCUACCAGUGUUCAAGUUCAUUUCCUGCCCGGAUCAAGAGAUUGUUUGGCGCUUCGGCCCGUUGAUCUCUCCCAGCGUUAACGGCGAGAAGAGUCUGCAUCCCAAAAUGCCCCUGCGAUUGGAACGCAUAUUGGAUCCCACCGUAUCGUAG